AUGCCGCACCUCGCUGUGCCCACUCACCGCCGUUCGUCAUUUCAGAAUCUGCCGUCUCCUACGCAAGUGGUGGUGGAUCCUGAGAUACAGUCAUUGUGCUUCCCGGCACUUCGUGUUGCACGGCGACCGACUAAGGCGAUGGAGCAGCCCAACCGCGACGCAGCUAGCGGUGGCGAAGAGGAACACGACUACACAUGGACGGAGCUCUGGCGAUCCUACGAGGGCGAUGCAGCCCGAGACACGUACCUUGCGUCGUUGCCGCACUACAUGCGCAGGAAGAACGAUCUCGUUUCCUGCUCGCUGAAGCACGACAGAGCUGAGGAGUCCCAACUAGCGCUAACCCCACACAGCAUGCGCUCGGUGCUGACAGAGUGUCGGUCGCAGCGCUGUACGAAGGCUGCUAGCCAGGCGGCUGGCGAGGCCGCCAGCGAGACGGUUGGCGAUAUUACUAACGCAGCCGUGUGUUGGUGCCGCUACAAAGUGAACUCAUGCCAGAGCAGCAACCUCGCCGUUGUGUUCCAGCAAGGGGAGCAUAUAAUGGCAGAUCCCGUUGUGCCGACCCCAGAGCGACCGACACUAACAGAGGAGAUGAAGGCUUACAUCGUGAGCCAGUUUACCAACGUUCCAACAACCAUCGCCUACCGCCUGUUCAGCGUCAUUGUCAGCAAGGUGAAGCGUGGCGAGAUGCGUGGACCAGCACCACCCCGGCACAAAGUGGACAACUUCGUGCGUUGGUGGAAGAGAAGCAACCCCGCCGAUGAAAUGGCGCGUGUUCUCGAGAUGUGCUACCAACGCUUGUAUGAUGAGGUUGGGAUGGAUGCUGAAAACCCGACAGGCACAGUGAUCUUGUGCGAUUCCGUCGUGAGGGGCGGCAGGCACGUUGCUUCGGUUGGGAACGGGAGUGAAGCGACCCCGUUUCGAGUUGGCAUUACCUGCCACAAGCUUCUUCGAGACUACGUCAACGUUCAACUGUCUCCUGACGCAACGACGAUGCUUCACGUCGACACAACUUUCAAAAUCGUGAAGCAGUGCUUCCCAGCGAUGGUUAUCGGGUACUCGGAUAAGGGUGGACACUUUUUCCCGUUGGCGUAUUUUAGCAUCUCGCGUCGACGCCAAGAGGACAUUUCCUGA